UCCGUCAAUUCUUGAGCAACGAACAAGCCAAAUUACAGUAAAAACAAGGUAAAAACCUUAACAUGGAGGAAUAGAAAAACAAACGCUAUAAAAAACAUGAAAAUAUAAUUAAUUAAAUGCAUUUAUGAACUCUUUAAAUCAAAGGUCUAAGCAAAGGUCUCGUUAAAAUGGAGUAUCACGGAAGACGUCGCCGUGGAAGACCAAGAUCUAAUCCUGUUGCACUGGCCUUUACUCCGAGACAGAAAAAGUCGUCAUUCUUUGAUAAUUUAUGCAGUUUUCUUGUAAUGUCCAGUCUAAUGGCUAUUAUAUACUUACUUCUGGAACAUCAUUGUAGCGUUUGUAGCAGCAAAUGCGAUUUAAAUAACAUAUCAAAAGGAAUAAAUGAAAUAACAGCUAAUCUAUCGGAUAUGAAAAAUUCUUACUAUGAUUUAGAGUCGAAAAUAUUAAAGUUCUCAGAAGAAUUGCCCAAAAUAGAAGGACAAGUGGAAGUUUUGGAAGCAUUAGCUAACACGCUCGAAAGGGGCGAUUUUGGAUGGAAUCCUAAAACGCAAUUAUCUCUGCCCAAUGUUGAUGUAUUUCUGAAUAUUGAAACACCGAAUCAUUUGAAAAAGGACGACGUUUUAAACUUCACACAAAAUCAAAAAGAGAUUAAGGUGGAUUGACUAGAUUUGGAUACUUUUGAAUUUGUAAGAAACCGAAUGAAGGAAACUUUCAAUAAAUGCAAAUAAAAAUUGUAUAAAUAUUUGUAAAGUU